UUCGAAAGAAUUUAAAGCUUUUUCGAGUAGUCAAAAAUGGCUCGUAUGAAUAGGCCUGCCCCAGUGGAGAUCACUUACAAAAACAUGAGAUUCCUCAUUACCCACAACCCCACUAAUGCCACUCUUCACAAAUUCAUUGAGGAACUGAAGAAGUAUGGGGUGACCACGGUUGUUCGAGUGUGUGAGGUCACGUAUGAUGCAAACUUGGUGGUUAAAGAGGGCAUUCAAGUUCUGGAUUGGCCCUUCGAUGAUGGAGCUCCUCCUUCUAACAAAAUCGUUGACGAUUGGCUAAAUCUCGUUAGGGUUAAGUUUAGGGAGGAGCCAGGCUGCUGCAUUGCCGUGCACUGUGUAGCAGGCCUUGGAAGAGCCCCAGUGCUGGUUGCUCUAGCUUUGAUUGAAUGCGGGAUGAAAUAUGAAGAUGCUGUUCAGUUUAUCCGGCAAAAGCGCCGUGGAGCAUUUAACAGCAAGCAGCUCUUCUAUCUGGAGAAAUAUCGUCCCAAAAUGCGGCUUCGAUUCAAAGAUUCCAACGGCCACCGCAACAACUGCUGCAUCCAGUAAACGCCUGCGGAUCAGCCAUUUUAAAACGUAUAAUCCGAAUCUUUAACAUGAGUAGUUUAUUCUCUUAAUUGGUAACUGUGAAAAUACCGUUUCAGAAAUUAAGCUUAAGUCCCUCUUCCUUUUAUUGUUUAAUGUUGUACCUGUGGAGACGUUUUGCAAGGUGUGCUUGUUUUGUUAAGGGCCAUUUAACAUGAUCUAAUGUUUUGCAUUGGAGUUUAGUCUCACUUCCGCCAAACAUGUAGUAGUGUAAAGGAUUUAACCAAACAUUUAAGUUUUUAGUGCAUUUUUGUUAUUGAUGAUUUUUAGUCUAUAUGUAUCAAAACGCCUGCCUCCAAAUAGAUCUAAAAUCAAUGCCUUAUUACAGCAGAAAGACGCCGCCUAGUGGAAGAGUUGUCAAUGGCAUUUGGAGAGGUUCUUGAUGUCUUUUUUUUUGCAGAAAACAUCAGGAAGAGAGAAGAAAAAUACAGAAUAAAAUCUCUUUAUAUAAAUACGUAUAGUGGUUAAGGUAUUAGUUUUUGUUGUUUAUCCAGACUUUGUUUACCUAACUGGACCUCAAUGUCUGCGAUAUUUUUUAUGCAUUAUUAUUUGAUGUGCGUAACUUAAUAUUUUAAUACUUGAUUUAUGUACGGUAUUUGAAUAUGUGUAUUGUUAAAUCACCUAUUUAUAUUAAUGGAUAUGUGUUUUAGGAUAGAGAUAAGCUGCAAGAAGUUCACCAAUUUGAGAGUACAAGAAAGAAUAAAAGAUACACUGAAGGAA